ACGGUAAUAAUGGCGGGCUAGAGUUUGCAUACCUGUUGAUAAAUGUAAAUAGCAUCCUUGUUUUUUUUGAAAUAGAGAUGAAUUGAUUAUUAUUGGAUUUAUUGUACAAAAGUAGCUCUAAUUUGAUUUAUUGCUGAAAAUAUUGUCGGUUUUGCUAUUAUGUCCCAGCUAUUAUUUAGUUCUUAUAAUGGUUUGGAAAAUGGAGAUGAAGACGAUGUUUUUCAGUGUGGAAAAUGCAAGAAACAGUUUUCAGUUAUUUCUCAGUUCAUUGCCCACAAACAAGAACAUAUUGGUGACUCUACAGGCCAUAAAAAAGCCAACAAACAUGGCGACUGCAGUGCGACACAGUUGCAGUUGGAAGAUGCUUCAGACGGAGAACACAUACAGUUGCAGGACCCUUCAGAGCUGGGGCAGCAGGUCAUUCUCAACGACUCUGACAUCCUCUCCUUCAACAUUGACCAAAAUGCGCUCAUCACUUCCACUUCAUCACAGAUCCUGACAGACAUCGACUCUGAUGUGACAUAUAUAACUCCAAAUUUACAGCAAACUUCUGACAGUUGUGUUAACAACAUAGCAAUGGCACAACCGAUAAUAUUUACUUCCCCAUUGCAGUCAAAUUCAUUUUUGAUGACUAACACCAGUAAUAAUAAGUCAUCUACAGCAAAAUUGAAAUCAAGAAAGGCAAAAGUAAAUGAUUCUUUCGAUGUUCUUGAAGAGACAUCAUUGUUUGCUAAUGCAUUGAAGGGCUGUAGGUUAAUAUUACCAAAACUGGAUGGAAAUGUAGUGUUUAACACUACAGCUGUUGAUAGUUUACAAAGGCAAGUGACGUACGGAACAAUUUGUAACGAUGAUAACAACAUAUUGUCUGGCAAGAUUUUAUUCACAGAAUCAAAUUGUGAUAAACUGUCCGGCAAGAUUUUAUACACAGAAUCAAAUUGUGAUAAACUGUCCGACAAUAUUUUAUACACAGAAUCAAAUUGUGAUAAACUGUCCGGCAAGAUUUUAUACACAGAAUCAAAUUGUGAUAAAUUGUCUGGCAAGAUUUUAUACACAGGAACAAAUUGUGAUAAAUUGUCUGGCAAGAUUUUAUACACGCAAGCAAAUGCAGAUAACUCACCUGUGUUUGAUUUGGAUGUUCAAAAAACUUCUGGAAAGGAUGAGAUGUGCCUGACAGAGUACGGCAACUGCGAAGCACCAUUGUCUAGCGUUGGCAACUGCUCGGACGCCGAGGUUAAGUACUCGGUCGCCGUGAGCCUCACAAGCGACGCGGGGAACAUGGUGACAGUACAGGGCGAGCCUUCCAUCAUCUUGUCCAUCGGUGGGGCAGAGACUGGGGUGGCUUCGAGUCCGGAGGAGGGGCAGGAUGAUGCCCCUGCCGCGAGCAGCGGCGAAGAUGUAGCGUCAUCCAAGAAGAGCGAGUUGAAAUGUGAUGUCUGCAACAAAGGAUUCAAGAAGAAUUUUGACCUGAAGCAACAUCUCAGAAGUCAUACUGGUGAGAAACCUUUCCAGUGUGUUGUGUGUGGGCGUGCAUUUUCCCAGAAGUCGAACGUGAAGAAGCACAUGUCCACUCACAAGGUGUGGCCACGUGGUGUGCCGCGGACAUUGCCAGAAAAUCCUUUGGGAAUAGCUUCAGAGAACAGCAGUGACAAGCAAGAAAUAAAUAGUGAUGACCAACAGACGUUGCCAAAGAGGUCUUCGAGAACUUCUGAGAACAGCUCUGACAGACAAGAGCCAACCAGUGAUGAUCAGAAUUUAGAUACCACUGGAAAAGGCAAGGCAUUUGUAGAUAAAUCGUAUAUGUGCCAGUAUUGUUCCACUGUAUUUUCUACAUAUUUUGCCUUAAAAACCCAUUUAAAAGAACAUUCAGAUGAAAAAGUAUAUAAAUGCAUACAGAAAAACUGUAACAAAAUGUUCAAUGAUUUGGAAUCGUUUGUCUGUCACACUGAGGAACACACCGCAGAAGUGCAGUACCGUUGUCACGUGUGUUCUAAAACUUUCAAAACGUUAGAUGAAGUCGGCAUUCAUCAAUAUGUUCACAAUUCACACAAACGGACUGAAAAACGAGCAAGUUCCAACAGGUACCAUCGUUGCAUGAAGUGCAAGAGCAAGUUCUCGACUCCGGAAGCACUAGACUACCACGUGGCGACGUGCAGCCAUAGUUUCCCCUGCCCGUACUGCGAGAAGGUGUUCCUGUGCGAGCGGAACCUCCGGCGACACUUGCAGACGCACGGCUCCGGCACGUACAAGUGCGACAAGUGCGGCAAGGAGUUCCGCACCGAGAGCUACUACAACUCCCACCAGCUGGUCCACACCGGAGAGAAGCCUUUCAAGUGCCAGCACUGUCCUUCUGCGUUCGUUCGGAAAGACAAACUCAUGCGUCAUAGCCUCAUCCAUGAAAGCACAAAGAAGUUCAAAUGUCCAUUCCGUACCUACCUUGGUUGUAUGAGAGAAUUUCACAGGCAAGACAAGUUAAAGCUGCAUCUACUGACACACAGUGCUAGGAAUUACUGCCGAAAGUGCAAGAAAGCAUUCUCGUCGAAGAUGUCAUUGAUGCAGCAUCAAGAUCGUCUGCAGCACUGGCCAAAACCACACACAUGUUUGAUCUGCGGGGAGGGCUUCUCGUCCAGCUCGUCGCUGCACUCUCACAAGUGUCCCGUGUCGGGCAAGCUCAGGGGUGGUCGCUUGCAGGGCAGGGGGCGGAGAAAGCCGCGAGAGAAGCGGACGCAGCGGACGAAGCAGAGGCUGCGAGCGAACGCUGGCUUGGGCGAUGACUGCGAGCCCGAGGACGACGGGUCGAGUGAAAAUGUGCCUACCAUCGAGAUCAUUGUGUUCCCAAUGGACACCGGUGACUCGCUACAGAACCAAGAACUGGUAAACGUAGUGUUCCCAGUGGAGGAGCAUGCAAAAGAUGAUCCGUUGGCCUAUCGAAGAAAAAGAAACAAUUAGGAUUUAUUUAUUUCUUUACUUUAAAUGCUGUGUGAAGUAACUAUGUUAUGUGCAGAAUUAUAUUUUUUUGUGUGUAUAAUUUAUGUCUUACAUUUUUCAUUAUACUCACUGAUGUAAAAAUAGCUCUAAGCUGCAAGUAUUUGAGGCUAAAUAAUCAAGGAAUAACUUGUGAAUUGGCUCCAAAAACAUAGUAAGCAUAUUUGGCCAGUUUUAAACAGGAUAUGCUGAUUCUAAACCUUACAAUAUACAAAUAUGAAAUGACAUCUCUGCAAUUGCAGAGUGUGUGGAUAGGGUUGGGAGAACUUGGGAAAGUUCAGACUUACAGUAAGUAACAUAGACUUCAGUAACAUACCACAUUCCACAUAGAUGUUUAGUUUGUUUCCUUACUGUAUCAAACCUAGAUUUUUGGCAUUUGGAAAACUUUGCGUUGAGCUUGUGGGUUUUUUUCAGGGUACAGUCAAACCUCUAUCUAUCGUUUUUCAGGGGACCAACAAAAAAAUUCAGUAGAUGCGGACAUUCAAUAGAUGUGGACUUCACUCUUAAGAAUUUUUAAAAAAUAAUAUUUAACCUCAAAAUUAGUGUCAGAAAUAUGUCAGUUACUUGUCAUUAAAGUAAAAUCAGUUGAAAAAUAAAUAAAAAUAGAAGUAUUUUACUUAAUUCAAUUUACACUUGCAAAAAAAAUCAUAAGCACAAUAAAUCUACAUGGAAAUUAAAGUCGUUUUCAAUAUCCUGAAGUCUGAAAUAUGUUUACUCAUGUCAUCAAAUGUAGAGCUGUCCUGAAGAAGCCGAUUUUGCCAAUAUUUAAUUGAAUCGGCAUUUCUGCCGACUUCCGAUACGCUUGUUAAUUUUCGGCCGAUAUUACUGAAAAACGAGAGAGACUGCCAUAACCUAAAAAUCCACGAGUACCCUUUUCAGUUUUCGUAGUAGUACUGCAUUAUUUCCGAUCACAUUAUUUCUUCGCAACAUGUGCCAAACGUACAUAUAAAAAUUUAACAUCCUUUUUUUCAAUAAUGUUCUUUAAUUUUAAUAUGUCAUAAAUAAAUACAUCACUGUCACGGUAAAUAGACAUCUCGGUUGUUACGGUAACUGUAGUGCAAAUGUGGUAGCUUUCGUGCUUCUGUAGUAAUUAUGGUAUCGAUAAAGAAUCUUUAGUUCUUUUUAUGGUAAUUAUCUUAGGAUAACAAUUGGGUUUGUACUGUAGUUAUGGUACAUCAUCCAUUUUUCUUCGUACGUUGUUGUUCAUUUGCCUUUUCUUCAUAUUUACGUGAUCCAUUACUUGGCUGCAGAUUUAAGGUGAUAUUUACUACUGUAUACUAUCAUUACUGUUUUUAUGACGGUUUCUUUCUAAGAAAUGGUUAUUUCUGCAAAAUCUUUAUGGUUAAACGAUCAUCUAUUAUAAUUUAUAGUGACGGGACCACAUAUUUUGAACGAUCAAUGCGGACAAAACGAUAAUUCGAACAUCGGUACAAGCGGACUUUUUUAACUUUAGUUGUAUGGCAAUUUUGCCAGGACCGUAGAAAGUAUACGAUAAACACGGACAAUCGAUACAUGCGAGUUCGAUAGAUAGAGGUUCGACUGUACUCCCAUUUUCCCCACCAGAGCAUACCUUUGCUGUUCCAUCUUGCAGUUUCAGCCCAUAUCCAUGUUUAAUUGACUUCAAUCAAUGUCAACAUAAUGUUAAACACUAAUUUUAAUUGAUUACUUCUUUCAUUAAUUUAUAUAUUCACUCAUAUUGAAGUUAGUUCAUAGCCUCUACCAAUUAAUUGGUUAUGCUGAUUGGUGCAUAUUUAAAAGUUACAUAGAAGAGGAAAUAUGAUUUGUUCAAAACUACACCUAAUCAGUGCAGGUGCAGGACAUUUAGAGCUAUUUCUGUGUAUUCUGUAUUUGAUAAUUGAUUUGUUUGUAUUAAAUAAUGAAUUAUUUUGUGAGCUUUGAAAAGCUUUAGUGAUACCAUUUUUAAUCUUAUUAAUUGCAAAAGAAAAUUUGUAAAAGUUCAAAUGUGAUUUUUUUUUGUAUUUGCUCUUCCAUUUGCAUAAAUAAAUUUUUGUAAUUUAUAUUAUAAUUUUGUAAGAAAAAUUUGUGUAAAAAGUUAAAGGCUGUGCAGUCAUUUGAAGUCAUUGCUAGAGAUAAGAUUAUAUGGUUUUUAUUUUAGUCCAAUUUCAUUUUUAAAACAGAACAUUUAUGUGUAUUUUUAUUUUUAUAAAUACUGUUUUUUAAUACUUACUUCACUAAAAUAAGGUAUUUGUAUGCUGCCUUAUGAUGAUUAAAUAAUUUGUAAUAAAUGGUUCUAAACCAUUUAAUUCAGAACAAUAAAUUAAAUUGUGAGCAUCUGUGGUUUAUAGUGAGAGUAAGAGAUACACAUUAAAAAAAAAUUAGUUUUUUCUUAUCUUUGCACUUUGGUCCAAUUUUUGUCCUCAAAUAAUGAUAUUCCUUGAAUUUCAAACAUUAAAAGAUUACCUUUUUAUGAUUUUAAUCAAGUUUUCUUUAAAUGCUGCUUAAUUCCAUGAUACAACUUAUAUUUGGCUCUGUUAUGUGUAUUAACUUGCAUAUCCAGUGUAUUGACGUGCUUUUUGGUGUUACUUAAGUUUUAUCGCAAUUUACCAUAUAAUCUUGUCUCUAGUCAUUGUUAAUUCAAAGUGUGUUACUAUAUUGUAAAUUAGUAAGUUUUUUUUUAAUAAUGUAAAGAACAUAAGCAACUUUUAAUUGUAAUAAAAUCACAUCACAAAAUAUGUGCACAAUGCUAUUGUAAACACUGCUUAAAGUAAAGUAAUUUUAAGAAAUUAGAAUUUAUUGCUGAAUGUUUAUGAUGAUACAUUAAUGUUAAAAAUAUCUUAAAACAUAUGAUUCAUUAAUGUUCAAAAUAUCUGGAAACAGGUAGGGAAGAGUUAGGUUUACAGUUUUAUUUUUCUUUUAAUAAAUUUUUCACUCCAUAAAACCAAGGUAUACUAUUUUUUUUACAUGUUUGCCUAAUGCACAGUGAUCAUAGAUUUUUAGUAUAUAAUUAAAAAGUUAUGAAGCAAUUAUUUCUUAAUUAUUAAGUUCUUGUGUUUUGACAGGUGACUGGUUGUUGCUCAGUGUUGCUUUCUGUAUAAAACCUCAUCACUCAAAGGAUAUAUUUUACAUAUGUAAUGUAUGGUUGAGACAUUUGUUAAUGUUGUUAUAUAAACAUGCUUAAAAAUUUUUUUUUUUUACUAAAUUACAAACAAACUACAUAUUUAAAAGAAAAUUAAAACAUCUUUUUGGAUAUUUAUUAGUUAACUACAUUUUAUAAAACAAUAGCUAAUUUUUUUAUCAUUAAUUUAUUACCAUAAAUUUAAUUCAAAUGAUUUCUAAAUAAUAAUAUUACAGUAAAUUCUCUUUAGUACGUACCCCUCCUUUACGUACUAUUCUGUAUAAAGUAUUAACACGUCGGUCCCUUGAAAGGCAAUGAUAAUUCAUAGGGAUUAUUAUCAUAUAACGUACAAUUUUCCUUGGCGCGAAUCAUUAUUACUCGGUAAUACGUACAAUUUUUAUUCGUGUGAACAAAAAAAGUUUAUGUAAUAUUUCUCUAUGUAGUAUUUCUACGUAGAAUAAUUGCAUUCACUCGUUUUACUUCGCUAUACGCCAUAUUACGUUGCUUACAUUGCUUUACAAGCGUGUUUAUUGAUGAACAUGGCUAAAAAAAACAAUAUCGUCAGUGCAGGAAACAGCGCGCGGCUAAAUUUCAUUUUAGCGCGAAACAUUACUCAACUUACGUAUUUACGUGUUAACUGACUGCCAAAUCAAAUUUAUCAACAUCAAACGAAGACACGGGGCCAAAUUUUAAAUAUUGUUGAAUGUACUAUAUUAUGCAUAUUAUCGUUGUUGAAUAAGCAAAUGGUUACGGCAGCGAUAAAGUGUUUUAUUACUCGUACCUACUGGCUACACUGCAGCCUGUGACCGAGCGUCUCGAGGUUGGCUAUGCUGCAUCUUGUAGCUAAUCUAAACAGUGUUUUGUUCGCGACGUAACGUAACCUAAACGGUAAUGACGUAUAAACGGAAUAUACCCUGAAAUUGUAAUUAAAUUCCACUUGCACAUUGAAAGAACUCGCGCUUUCUAUUAUAUAUUGUUAGUUUUGUUAAAUAUAUACUAGAUAAAAUGGCAAGUGAAACUUUCCGCCGCAACUAAAGAUUUGUAGGUCACACUAUGAGUACAGGUACUAAAAAACGUGUCGGUAUUAGUAUUGCAACAAAACUCGAGAUUCUAAAAGCGGUUGACAACUGCAAGAAGAAGUGUGAUGUGGCAAAACAAUUUAAUAUCGCGCCCACAACUCUGUCUACAAUAAUCAAAGACAGAGCUAAGAUAGAAGAGAAUGCAGCAAAAUUGCACCACAAGAGGCAACGGUACAGUAAAUGUGUGGAUAGUGACCUCGACAAAAAUCUUUUUGAUUGGGUUGUUCAGGCACGAUCCAAUAAUAUACCAAUUUCUGGCACAAUACUGCAAGAGAAAGCACGCAUGGAGGCAUUAAGGCUUGGAAUGGAUAAUUUCCAAGCCUCAAGUGGGUGGCUUACUCGAUUUAAAGCAAGGUGGAAUCUAAGUACACUUAAAAUAUGUGGCGAAGAAGCAACAGUUGAUACCACAGUGACAGAAAAUUGGAAAACGAAUUUACAUUCUCUCACAGCAGGUUAUGCUGAUAAGGACAUUUUCAAUGCCGACGAAGCUGGCUUUUUUUAUAAUCUCUUGCCAGACAGUACUUUAAGCCACAAAGGUGAAACCUGCCAUGGAGGGAAACGCAGUAAGGAAAGAUACACUGUACUUUUCUGCACUAACUCUGAUGGCUCUGAAAAAUUGAAGCUUUUAGUUAUUGGUAAAUAUGCAAAACCUAGAUGUUUUAAGAACAUUAAAAAAACACCUUGCACCUAUAAAAACAAUAAAAAUUCAUGGAUGACUGCUGUGUUGUUUAAGGAGUGGUUACAAAUUUUGGAUGCCAGAAUGGGAGCAUACAACAGGAAGAUUUUGUUGUUUCUGGACUCUUGCAGUGCACACAAAGUUGGUGUCGAGUUACAGAAUGUAAAGAUAGUUUUUUUUCCACCUAACUGCACAAGCAAAUUACAGCCUUUAGACCAGGGUGUAAUUUCUCAAGUAAAACGCUUGUACAGGAGGCAACUAGUGCAGUUUCUAUGUUGGCAGAUGGAACACCAGAAAGAUGUUUCAAAAUUGAAGUGGAACAUUUUAAAUUCCAUGGAAAGACUUUGUUUGGUGUGGGACAAAAUCCCUCCUGUUUCAAUUGCAAAAUGCUUCAAGAGGGCAGGUUUCAGCACUGACAACUCUACAGAUGCAUCUCUGGAAGCUGAUGUCCAGUGCCAAGAAGAAGAUAUACUUGAAUGGUCUAAAGUCACAGUAAAUCUGCAGGUGCAAGAAGCAACAUUUGCUGACUAUGUUGAAGUAGACACAGCUCUGGAGACUUGCCAAGAACACAACGACAACAUUUCUGCUCCUGCUGGUAGUACUGAAGACCUGCUGGAGGAUGAUGCGGAACAGGAGAUAAAACGUCCUACAAAGCAAGAGGCAACCAAUGCUCUGGAUGUUCUCCACAGAAUGUUUUUGACAUCUGAAGUGCCAGAAGCAAACAUGGAACUUUUCAGGAAAGUUGAGUGUGUGGUAAUGAAAGAUAUUUCACAGCGAAAAGUCCAAUCUACCAUUCUGAAUUUCAUGCAAACAUUGUAGGUCUAACUAAGUGUACAUUGUAAAGUUGAACAUAGUUUUUAUUAUUAGUACAUACUUAUUUUGUUAGUUUUAUUUACCGGUAACUUAUGUCAGUGCCCAAAUUUUUGUAAUUAAUGUUUUCAAAGUGGAGAAAAUAUGGAAGAUAUGGAAAUAAUACUGUAUUGUAGGGCCUAUGAAAUGAACAUUUAAAAACAUCUCUGAUGCACUGUAUGAAUGGCUAUUACUUCCACUGCAAAAAGAGGUAAGCCUACUAUGUAUGUAUAUUUAAGGUUACCUAUGUAUUUAAAUUAUAUUAACUAUGUUUUACUAAUAUUUUGCAUUACUUUAUUUUUUUAAGUAAGUAAAUCACGUUAUUGAUAAAAACAAGGUGUGUAAGACCACAUACAUACGUUUUAAUUAGAAAAUGAAAAAAAAAAAACUGUAAACAUGUGCGAGUAGCGACAUUUUUUUGGUUUAGGGUAACUCCUCUAUAAAGUACUCCUCUAUAAAGUAGUAUCAUAUUUUUAGUCCCCUAAAGUACUUUAUAAAGGGAAUUUACUGUAUAAUGUUAAUUAAAAAAAUAAUUUUGGUCACAAAGAAAACAAAAUACUAAUAUUUUUCAUCAAUGCUACGUAAUGAUAUAAUCAUGAAAAUAUUCUCUUAAAAGAAUCCUUCUUAAGUUCCUUUCGUUUAUCUGGUUUUCAUCCAUCCAUUUUUUUUAAAGCCACUUGAUUUUUGAGAGUUAAAAACACAUGUAUAGAAUUUCAUUUUACAUUAACUUUCAUCAAGUAAGUUCUCAGUUACUUAACAUAAUUAGUCCCAUUGAAAAAAAUAUGGUCAUAAUUGACAAUAGAUGUACGAUCUGGUCCACCUUCACUUGAUGAAGCUCUGAUACAUUCUGUCAGAUUGUCUUUCACUGUUCUCCAUCUCUUUACUUAUAAUUAGGGACAAGAUUGUAUGGGGGAUUGCAAUAAAACCUUAAACACAAAAAAGCAUGUCAAUACAUUAUGUGACACCAAAGUGCAAGUAAUACACCAUAAAGCACCAAAAUGCAAAUCACAAAAUUUUUUAGCAAUUUUGAUCAAAACUUAAAUCACAAAAAUGUUUCCUUUUAAGAUAUGUUUUAAUUAAGUGAAAAUAAUUUAUUUAGCUUCAAGUGCGUAACAAACUGUAUGUACUAACCACAAAUAUAAUAAUUCUUGAUUAAUUUUUAUUUUUUGAGCAGUUAGAUAUGAUUAUUACAUGUUAUAUUUGUUGAAUAAUAUCCUAUCUUAAUGAUUAACAGAAUUCAUAAAUAAUAAAAACAAUAACACAAAAAUUUUCUGUUUUCAAGAUGAAAUUGGCGUCAAAAUAAAACCAUAAAAUCUUGAUUCUACUUUUAAUGUAUAACAGUCAAAGCUACUGUUACUGAUCAGUUCUGGGGGAAAUGAUACUGUUAUCAUUUCAACGCUUUCUUUUGUACCAACUAUCCUCUAUCACCUCUACUUAUAGAUAAGUACUUGCAGUAGAUAAUAUUACACACAAACAGUAAGAAAAAAAACAGUCACUGCAUUUUGCUUUCCAUAGGACAGUGUCUUAAUGUGAAGGAGUUAAUUGUGAUUAGGGUAUGCAGUGUGUGCGUACUUGAAUGCAAGUACAUUUUCUGUGGUGUCAAUGUGCUGUUAGGCGCAACAUAUUUCUCGGUAUUUUACCUGUAGUGGUGCUUGCCUUACGCUCUGGGAAUCUGACUGCCAGAUAGUGUGCAGGCUAUACAAUGUAAUUAAAACCACAAUGGGUAGUACAAAACCAAACACAGAAUAUGUAUUUUAUCAUAAAAUAAAGACAAGCACUGUAGGCACAAAAUAACUCUUGACACACAAAAAAUUUCAACAAAAAAUUACACAAUAUGACAACUAUAAUAGCUAAGAAAUAAAUAAUAUAAAUAAUGUAAGAUAAAAUCUUUUGUAGAAUUAUAAUGGUCCACUGACUGUUCAAUUAAAACAUAUUUUAUUAAAAUCUCAAGAAAUUUACAGUAGACACAGAGAGUUAAAUAUACUCGAGUGAUUCAACAAUGUACAUGGCAAGUAUAUUGAAACAAAUGUAUACUCUGUGUUCAAUGUUUUCAGAAUUAUAUUUGAAUUGUACUUGUCAGUUCAAAAUUUCAAGUUAAAUACUCAGACCUCUUGUGGAGAUGAGUACUAACAAGCCACUUUUCAAAACCAUGAUUCACACAAUUAAAUUGUAGGGAUUUUUUUUUUAAAAUAGUGUCUUUCAAAUCCAGGGACCUUAAUUCAACAUAAUUUUAUCCCUUAAAUCACCUGGUGUAGAUGAAGUUGGAUGGGGUGGGUAAUGGUGCACUUUCUAUUGCACAGUAUGGCGUCGCUAACACAAAAUUUCAGUUGUAUCACAAAAACUAUUUAUUCUCCCAAUAAUAUUUAAUGUUUACUUUGAUGCACUGGGGCUUACUGUGAAUUCACUCAAGUUAACACUCAAUGCCGUGUUAAAACAUAAUUUUUGGGGGAUAUCCUGGAGCUAGAGCCAGACUCCUGGUCCAACCAUGCCCAUUGGAACACUCCUCGAUUUGAAUUGUUCAAACAGCCACACUGUGUUGAUGCUUUCAUACUGUCAAAUGCAAUGAACAACCAAAAUUAAAAAAUUGAACAAAACACAAAUAAAUGUUGGCAUUCAAAAAAUAAUGUGCAUUCUGAAUAACAUAACUUCUAUUUAAAUGAAUGAUAAAUAUGUGUAACAAUCUAUUUCAAGCAUUUUUUGCAGUAGUACAUUGUUUAAAGUAAAUUAAUUAAUUAAAAUAUGUAUGCUAGGACCUAGUUGUAAGUUAGCAUACAGUAAUGUGGUUUGGUUUAUUACAUUGUGAUAACUAGAAAAUUGUUUGUAAUGAAGCAUUGUAACCAAACACCACUCACCAAAGCAUAGAAGGAGACUAAAAUUUUUCCGCUGGGUAAGCGAAACAUUUAAACAGAGCAUAGACAAAUGUGAUUUGUGUUUAUGCAGGUGUGUGUGUGUGUGUGUGUGUGCAUGCAUGCGCAUGCGCAUGUGCAUGUGCAUGUGUGCCUGAAAAUACUGCUUUCCUAUCUUUUUAACAUUUAUUAAUUUCUCACAUUUAUUUGUAUAAAAAAUUAAAUUUUUGUAUUGUGAGAAUGGUUUUGUUAGCUAACAACAUGAAUAGCUGGUCUUGUUUCAUGUUGACAAUAAUAAUGUUUGUUCCUGCAUUUUCAAGUACAAAUGUUUUUUAUUCAUGUUUGUUUUUUCAUAAUGCAUUAUAAAAGCUGACCUACAUGAUUGUUAUUCAGUGCAGUACAUUACAGAUGAUCUGGUCAUUUUGGAAUAUACUGCUAAUUGUUGGAGAUGAUGGAAAAUAAUAUUUAUAAAUGUACUUUUUAGCAUUUAUUCUGGAUUCUAUAGUGUUUAUUACAAUUUAUUUUUCAAGAUUUUGAGCAUUUUAAACGCAUCAUUGGUAGGGGUGAGUGAAUAGUGGAAUUUGGGGUUUCAGUAUUUUCAAAUAAAAUAGUACAUACAUAUUUGGAAUCUAAUGGGAAUAAUUUCAAAGUCAAAUAGAAUUCAUAUUUUGCUUUGGUGUAUUACAGAAUGCCAUUAGUAAAAAAAUUAUGUUUUAAAAUGCACAGACAUGGAACGUAUAUGGGGGGGCAGAGGUUCUCUCCCCCCCCCCCAUCCCCCCCAAUCCUGAAAUUAAGAAACCCUUCCUCAAGGGGACCCGUUUACACUUGCAGAAUCGUGACUGUGAAACGUUAAUAAACAUAAACAUCAAAAAUAUGUUUUAUGGAAAACAUUCUGUACAUUUUAAAGUUUUGUGCUUAUUAUAUGCAUAGAGGCAAAAUAUGGGCAGUGUACAACAUACGUGCACUGUAUCCAGAGAUGACUUGUGUCGAUUAAAACACAUGCCCCCCUUGCAAAUCUUUUAGAUUUGCAUCCCUGUUCACAUAUAAAGUUUCCAGAUACCAAGACUAAAUUAAUUUAUACAGCAAGAUGUGCUGUCCUUGAGACUUACCGUAUAUACUCGUGUAUAGCGCGCCCAUUUUUCCCCUCAAGUAAAGGAAAAAAAUAAGGAUGCGCGCUAUACACGGGAAAAAAAAAUUUUGGGGGGGGGGGGGAGGCGGGGAGGAGUGGAAGUCGUUAACUGCCGGUGACGGGUGACGUUUCUGGCCAGCCCCCACACAUACGCACAAGCAACAAGGCCUCUGUUUCACACACACACACACACACACGCACACGCGCGCGCGCAAGCUCGCACAUCAUGGUCUCUUGUUUAUUUUUAGACCUCCCCCCUUUACAGAAAGCCAGCUCAGAAGCUAGUAAAAAGAGAGAGAGAGAAAGAGAGAAUGUUGUCAACAGUCCCCCCCCCCCCCCCGGCAACUUCUUCGCUUCCUCCAUUCCUCACCGGUGAGUCAUCAAGUUCUCCGCGCCAGCUUAGCAACGUAGCGCGGCACGCCUCCCUCCCUUCCUUCCUUCCACGUACCAGUUGUGACGAUAUAGCGCUUUAUUAUCUUCCGUUUAGACAGCAGAGUUUAUGUAUUUUCCUGACGCAUCACCACACAUCAAUUUAAAUAAUCAGGUACCACAAAAUGUUAGUAAAAUUUAUUUAUGGGGGAAAAAAAUUUUCAAUUUUUUUUUCUUUGGAAUUAGUUGCAAAAAUCGUGGUGCGCGCUAUACACGAGGGCGCGCUAUACACGAGUAAAUACGGUAAUUUGGAAGGAACUAGACACCAGUGUGUCCAUUUAUUUUUAAAAAGGUUUUUUAAGAAAUUCUUGAUAGCAUAACUGAACUAUAAUACCGUAUUUACUCGCAUAUAGGUCGCCAUUGCAUAUAGGUUGCACCCAUAAUUUGAGGUCUUGAAUUUGGUAUUUAAGAUUCCCCCCAUAUAGGUCGCACCGGUAAUUCAUUACACAUACGCAUUGCACCACAGUAAAAAAAAAAAAUUAAAAAAAGGGCCGCAAAUUGAUAGAAAUUUACUGUCAAUAGCGCACAGUGCGCGGAGAAAGGUCAUUGUACUCGAUUAGCAGUUGUUACGGCACGGCGUAGCCGCCCGCUGGCUCUCUCUGUUCUCUGAGCUGCACAUGCGCAGUAUAACUCACUCAACGCUCCGCCCAGACUCGUGACCUUCCAUCAGCAGACAGCCAAUAGAUGCGAGCUUAGCGGAAAAAAUUAUAAGCUCUACCUCCCGUGUACCAGUAUUGUCCAGUUCUAAUACCAGUUUAUUGGUAUACACACCAGUUUUCUCGCUUACGUGACAUUUUCAAGUUUACGUUCAUCUUGAUGUAUUGAUACCAAUUAAUUAAUUACAAUCCCCAGAAAUAAAUUGUUAGUUUAAAAAAUAUGCGUCAACUGUACAAUAUUUCCGAAAUGAUAAAAUACGUUUAAAACAGUUACCAAGACUCCGCUCAUUUUAUCUUGUGAGUUUGUCUCGUACCAGUAUUUCGGCUAAGUUGUGACAUAAAAACGUAUCAGAACUUAACAAUCAGCCACGAUUAUACAUUCGUGAGUUUACGUUUUUCCCUCGUGCAUUUUAGAUUGUCUCCUGCUAUAAUUACUCCAACUUUUACAUGCCUAGGCUUAAAUUAUUACAUGUUUAGAAAUAAAAGCAACUUUUCAUGUUAUAAAAUAUGUAUAUUUUGCGAUUUAAAAUGUUCAUUGCAGACUAUAAACGUUACGUUUUUCACGAUGUUUUUAGGCCUAAGUACUAGCUAAUCUUAUCUACUCUUAAAGUACCCACGGUAUUUUCUGGUUGUUUAUAAUUGUUACGUGACGUAAAUAGCGGGAUGGAUUUGAUUUUUGAGACGUAAUUCGUGUGAAAGUAUUGUAUUGGACUAAAUGGGAACUAAACGGGACCUGAAGAAUUUAGUGCAAAUAACGGGAAAACGUAAAUAACGGUACGUAACGUAAAUAAGGGGUUUCAAUGUAUGUGUACAUGGUAAAUAAAUUUGCCUAUACCUAUAUAAACUUCUUUUUCGCAUUUUAAAGCAAAAUAUUGCAAAAAAAAAUCCUCAAAAAUUUAAAAAAAAAAUUUCUUCACAUAUAUGUCGCACUUCAUUUUUUCCCCAUCAAAUCUGGUAAAACUGCCACGACCUGUAUGCGAGUAAAUCCGGUAAUUAGCUAAACAAAAUUGUAAAGUUUAAAAUUAACGGCAAACCAUUUAUCUCAGUUUUUUUUUAUAUCAAGUUAUACUUAAUAUCAAUUGUGAAUUGGAAUAAGAAAAAAUAAAAUAUUAACAUGGCAAAUAAUAUUCAAUUAUAAAAAAAUUUUCAAAAAAUGUGUAAAGUAUAAUUUAAAAUAAGCUACACCUGUGAAGUUUUCUGAACAUAAGUGGUACAUUUUACACUCUGCCAUUUGGUUUGCCACGUUUCAAACCCUGAUAACUUGACUCUACAGCACUUCGCCCGGUAUCCAUUUAUGGCAUUGAACUUCGAUUAACUACAUUUAAAAAAUAAAAAUCCCUUUUUUAAAAUUUUUAAUGAACAUUGAUUUAGCCUAUUCACUCCCCAGGACAAUAGGACUACACGCAUAGAUAAAAAUUACGUCCGAAUCCAUGUACCAUGGCAGUUUUUCGUUCCUUUUUUUCUGUAAUCAAUGAAACUGUAAAAUAACUGUGGUUCAUUCAGCAUUUUUUAUGUGGUAGCAAACCAUGUACAAAUUUUCAUCGUAAAGAUAGCACUAAUAAUUAAAGACUUUAUUAUGGUUGCUCUGUUCAGUUACCAAAGUACCAAAUGAUUAAACAAAACAAAUAGUGUGAAAACAGGAAAUUAAUUGCAUUGUACCCUCAAACAUGGUGACUGACAAAAAUCUAUAAUUAAAGCAAAUACAUAGAUGCUUAUAAUUGAAUUAAAUGUUUGUAGUAUUUAUUUUAAAGUUGUACAAAUUAUAACAAACUGUCAGAAAAAAUACGGUAUGUGUUGAUAUUCCUAAUAUCAUUCUGUAUACAGUAAAACUCGCUUAAGACGUUCCCGCAUAAUCAUUUUUCCUGUUUAUAACAUGAAAAUAAUUAUUUCCUUGAUCACUUCCAUAUAUCCCUAUGUUAAUUUUUCCUAUUCAAAACGUUUGCAUUUAUAUAUGCUUCCCGCAUAUAACGUUUAUCAUUUCAGGAAUUAAAUUAUGUUAUAAAGUUUAUCUGUACACUUUUAAACUUUAUUUAUAGUUAAACCUUUAGAUAAUUGUUUCGAAACACUAACAAACAUGACCGUUAAGUUCUUUGCCGCAUGCAGCACGCGUUUACGAUACACUUUUUGGCCAAUCAUCUGCUUGCAUUCGUAUCCUUUGUGAGGCUGUUCCAUCUGUACACCAUUUCCCUCAUUCGAGGGACACAACUGGUUCAGCAAUAUAAGGAUAAGGAGCUAAUUCAGUUUCAUUGUUUGUUGAGCGCUGUGGUAAAAUUUUAUAUGGUGGACGUAAUAAUGAACGUUUUAGUUUACUCAUCUUGCUAUGAUUUCCAUUUUAGGCCGGAUUUACCUGUAAAUUGUAUAGAAUUUUUCUUAAAACGUGUGUUGAAAAAUCAUGGAACAAGGCUUAUUCAAACCUUGGCAAUGCACAGGUUCCUUCAAGCUCCAAGGUUGUUUGAUCUGCUCAAACUUAAAGGAAUGACGGACAUCUUGCAUGUUGGUUGUGCUUUGAGAUUUUGUUUUUCCGUAAGAAGACGUUGCAUUGAUUGCCAAAGUUUUAUGGUAUUGAUCAUCUAUGACUGCUGGAAAAAAAAAACCUAAAAUGAUUUUAAAAAAAGCUCAGGAUAUAAAAACUCAUGCCUUGGGUAGAAAAUAUGUCACUGAAAAUCGUAUACGCAAUUGGAGGGGCGGGGGGAAAUUGGUUUUGAGUGAUGUUGUUAUUUCAAUAAAAAGUUUAUUUAAAAGGUGAGAAUUUGUAGUGUGUGCUUGCUCAGCAAUUUUCAUUAUAUUUUAUUUAUAAUCUUUGUAACAUGGCAUUGAUUUCCGUCGUCCGUGACCAAUAUGUUUAUGGCUUCACUGAUGUAAACAAAACAGCUGCGAUCGGUAGCCAUUAAUUUGUUUUUUUCCUGGUCUGUCAAGGUAAACAUGUUAUUCGGAUUUAAUCCAUAAAUAAAAUAUUUAUUACACGGUGUGUUUAGAUACAUGUACUAUAUAUGACAGAAAUGUACUGAAAAUAUUUAUAAAUUUUGUAUUACCAUUGAAGCAAAAUUAAAGAAUGCUGCCAAAACAUAACCACAGAGGUUAACACCAGUACCAAGAAUGCUAACUGUGCUGAAGUUAGCUCUAUCCGCAGGAUCUAUUUACCGCCCGGUGCUUGGGAAAACAUACUACGUGAUUCCACGAAACUAAGGCAAAUUCUGUCACAGUUUUUUAUUUUUUUUACAUCAAAAUGUGCAAUGAUGCUGACAAAUCUAAGGAAACCUAAGGACCUUCCUACAGGUGUCUACUACCAUUAUAAAAUAAAAUUCAAGAGUCAACCACCACACAGUUAGCAUCAGUCUCUCCGAGAGCCUCCAAUGUGUGGUUUCAAAGUAAUGUCUGUCAAACAUUAAUUUUUCCCCAUUCACUUUGGCCAUUGGUAAUGAUAGAGCUAAUACAUAAGGGUCUUCCUACAGGUGUCUGCUACCAAUAAAUAAUAAAAUUAGAGAGAGAAACACUGUACAGGUUGCACCAGGGCCUCUGAGGAUCUCCAAUGUGUGGUUUUCAUGGUAACUUCAAAGGUAAUUCAAUAUUUUGAAUAAUUACUAAAUUAAUUUUAACCAAAAACAAAUAUUUGUGGUAAUGGAAUCCCCACAAAUGGCCAAAUUUUAAAAGAGAAAGCUGAACAAACAGCGCAUAACCUAAGUUUGUCAUUUUAAUGACUUUUUUUUAUGUAGCAACUGAUCUGUUCUAUUUCCCUUGUAAGAAGUUUUCCCUGUUAAGAAUUUUUUAUCAUCCAGUCCCUUGAAAAACGUCUUAACAGGGUUUUACUGUAAUUUGGAGAUUGUAUCAUGUUUAUUCACUACCGUCAAGCUAAUGCGGAUUUGUUGAUUUUAUAAAUACUGUUAAUUUUUAAUCUCUGAUUAAACGUUUUAAACAUGCAUUGCCGUUCACGUUAAUAUGAAUUAUAAUGAUAGAUUAGAAACAACGGCAUAAAAAGUAGGUGAAAAGCUAAUCAUUUGUAACCAUGAGAAACUAAACAGAUGUACAUGUAAAUAUUCACAAUUUUAAUUUUUGAUAUUCGACCUUCGAAUGCAAUUAAUUUGUUUAAUUGCUAUUAGCAACUGCUGGAUUUACGAAUAUUCACACACCUCUAGUUGCUGUUUUAGUAUGUUUCUCAGACUUUUUUUUCCCAGUUAAUGCAUUCAAGCUAUUAAAGUAUUUUAAAUGUAGCUUUGCAGGUAAUAAAAUACUUUAUAUGUCUGUAAUCACAGUAAUUUAUUAGAAGAACUGAAAAACUCCACUUUGUAUUAAUAAUUUCCACAUUUGUAUUAAUUGCUGGUGUGAAUUAACAGAGUUUGCAUUCAGCCUUGAUACAUGAGCCCUAAUUCACCUUCUUUAACCAACCACCCAAACCUAAAUCAUUGAAUAGGUAUUGUUUCGAACACAAAUUUAAUGUCACAUAUACGGUUACAAAUUUAUGAAUGUGAAUCGUUGAACUUUUUAGCAUGGUGCCAAACUUACAUUUGUAUUCCAAACAUUUAGAAUUAACCUUAACCUGAAUCCACUCAUGUUUUCAGUAGAAAUGUAAACAACAUAAAUAUAUGACAUGUUAGGUUUUGUGAGACUUUGUACACGCUACACAAAACAUACAGUUUGAAUCAGUGAUGAUGCUAUGUCUUUCAACCUCAUCUUCCCCCUAGCAAUCGUUAUACUGCUCACAGAAGAGAGCAUAGAGUAACUAUUGGUCUAUUGCCAUGGCUUCCAAAUAAAAAAAAUUGGUCUGGUCGUGAAAAAGUGUGAAAAUUUUCCUGGGUAGUGAUUUGGAAUUUAUUUGUCGAAGAGUUUAUAGCAUUUAAUGUGGCUAUUUAUUUAUUUCAAACAAUGUUUCCAUCAUCUCUACUGAUAGUCAAUAUAUUCUGUCAAUCUGCACAAAAUCGAUCUUGCUCAUAACCAGUUUUACAUCUGUUUCAACUGACAAUAUAAGUAUUAGAGGGAUGUAGCCAGUUGCACAAUACUGGAAUAUAUCUCCCAUACCCUUCCCUUGCACUUAACAUACUUAGUUGUUUUAAUUUGUGUGGUUUGCCCUACAGUAUAGACUAUGGUGUACAAAAAAUUUUUUGUCUGAGAGUGCCAAAAUAAAAACAAUUGCUGUAAAAACCAUCAAGUUAUUUUACAAAUAAUUUUCAGCUGCCAAUACACAAAAAAUAUUCCCCGUGAAAUGAUGGUGUAUUUUAGGACAAGUAAUUUUUUUAUUACUAAGCCAUCUUGUUUGAAAGAAAACAUGUAGCAGAAAUUUAAAAGUAUUCAAAUUGGGUAGAAUUGCUAGAGAUAAGAUUAUAUGGUUUUUAUUUUAGUCCAAUUUCAUUUUUAAAACAGAACAUUUAUGUGUAUUUUUAUUUUUAUAAAUACUGUUUUUUGAUACUUACUUCACUAAAAUAAGGUAUUUGUAUGCUGCCUUAUGAUGAUUAAAUAAUUUUUAAUAAAUGGUUCUAAACCAUUUAAUUCAGAACAAUAAAUUAAAUUUGUGAGCAUUUGUGGUUUAAAGUGAUAGAGUAAGAGAUACACAUUAAAAAAAAUAUAUAUAUAUAGAAGAUUCAUAGAUUACUUUCCAUGUCUUGCUUCUUUGAAUACUGUGCAUGCUAUCUUAAGUAUAAAUUUCCUUGUUUUAAUUUUUUUUCCAGGUCUCUUGAAGUGUAAAAUAGGGGUUAGAUUGAAAAUUUAAAUAUUCUUCUCUGUUAAUAUUAAUUGCUAUCCACAAGGUGACAAAAAGUCUAAAUAAAUUCUGCAAAAAAUUAUUUGAAUACUAACCUUUUAAACUCCUAUGUCGUGCCAUUUUCAACAUCUUUAAUUACCUGUUCCUGUUGCACAGAACAGUGUCACAUGACUCAAGAGAUUGGAGAGCCAGACUGAACAAAGUGUUGGCACAGGUUUAAAGAUGGCUAACAUUGCAUGUCAUAGGAGUCUAAGGGGAUAAUUAAUACAGUUGGUGGCUACAGAAACAAUUGGUAAUCAAGAUGAAAUAUGUAAUGAAGCAGUAGUGAAAUGUGUGUUGGUUAAGUGAUUGAAAUGUGUACAGAAAGGGCAAGUAUUUCAGUUGUUUUUGGGUACGUAUUUACGUGUUAGUUUCUGACAGUUUAUGUAAAAAUACUAUUUUUUUUAUUUAUAAAUACAGCAUAGUCUGACUUAUUUGUAUUAAUCAGGGGUAGGCUAGCAAACUUUUAUAAAUUCUUGAAUGAAAACAUUUUUCAAGAAGUACUUAUGAUUAACUAUUGUGGAAACCUAACAAAGUAUGUAUAAAUCAUGUGAGAGAAUUGCAGUUUCUAAGAUUGAAAAUGUAUUUUUAAAUGCCAAAAUAAAUGACAGUAAACUGUAUCAAAUAUUAAAACUUAUUGCAGUUAUAUUGAUAUAAACUAGUUGGCACUAGUUAAUUUGCAAAACCAUUAAUAAGUAUUUAAAUAUUUUUUUUUUUUUUUCCAUCAUAAAUCAUGUAUAAAACUGGGAUAUAUUUUUUGUCAGGAAUAUUGUUUGCCCAGAUGAAAAUAGUUCAACUGAAUUUUGUAAUUUUUUUGAUACUUUUGCUUAUUUUUUUUCAUUUAAAAUAUACACUGUAAUGGUUUGAAGAAUGAACUUAUGUAAUGAGUGAGGAUUGUAAUUUUGAAAUAUCCUGUUUUAAUGGUUUUGGUUUUUCCAGCUCAUAGCCAUUCUUUUCAGUGGCCACAUUUUUUUUUUUUUUUUUUUUUUGCAAAUGCUCUAUGAUUCUAGCUAAAAAAAACAAACUAAUAUGAUAAAUGUAAUUUUUGGCACUAAAAUUUGUGUUUACCUAUGUUUAUACUGUAUACACAGUGUGUAUUUUAUGUAUUAUAAUAUCUGCUUAAAGUUUCCUUUUUUUUUUUUUUUGUUAAAAUAGUAAGUUUAUAUUGUACAGAAUACAAAAAAUGCUAAUCUGUAAUUUAUACCAUGUUUUUAUUCUCGAAUCAUUUCAUUAUGUAGUAAUAUUUACAUAAAUUGAAAAUAUUUUUUUAUUUGUGUAACAUUAAUUAAAUACAAUGAAAUGAAUUCAUACCGUGUGUGCUGUAUAGUGUGUGUAAAUUUAUUUAUAUGUUUUGUUUGGAAUUUAUGCGAUUUUGUAAUUAAAAUUAAUUGUUGACUGAUAA